CCCACAAUGGGCAGGGACGUAGCAAAUCUCUGUGGCCUUGGCCGAAAAAAAAGUUGUAGCGAUGCACGCAUUCCAUGCCAAGUGGCUCGCCCGACCGCCGUAGCACGUCAACGGUUGCUGUCGACGCAUGCCGCCGCCGCCGUCGGAGUCUCUUGUUUGAGCUUGGUUCUUGGGUCUGGAGCCGAAAGCCGAGCCGCCGGAGCUGCGCAUUCGGGCCUUUUUUUCUUCUCGAAUAUCUGCGCGUCACGUAACCUCCGAGUAUAAAACCAUCCAAGUCGUUAUAAUUGUUGGCCCCAAGGAAGGACAGCCAGCGCCAGACCUCACACACCUCAAACCCCACCAAGCUCCCACAGUCUGCGGGAGCGACUCAUUUCAAAAUGGCCAAACCUCUCUUUGAGGUUCCAGUUUACAUGGCGGCGAGCUUGAUCGUCUCAUGCGUUGCGAUGCUGUUCGGUCUUGAUACGGGCUCGAUAGGUCCCGUGACAACAAUGUUGGCCUUCAACAAAACCUUUGGCCAGCUUUCCGCGACGCUUCACGGUGUCGUCGUCUCCUCCAUUCUCCUCCCCGGCGCCCUGAGCGCCAUGUUGGCCGGCGUGCUGGCCGACCGCUACGGCAGAAACCGCCUGAUCGCCAUCGGGGGCUGCACGUACGCUGUCGGCGCCGCUAUCGAAUGCGGCUCGACCAUACUUGGCGUUUUCAUCCUGGGCCGACUUAUCAAGGGCGUGGGCGAGGGCCUCUUCCUCAGCACUGUUUACGUUUACGUGGCCGAGAUCUCGCCGCCGCGUGUCCGCGGCACCCUCUCGGCGCUGCCGCAGUUCCUAAUCACGCUAGGUAUCGUCACGGGCUUCUUUACCUGCUAUGGCACGGGAGCCACCAUCCGCGAGUCGAGCCUGGCGUGGCGCCUGCCCCUAGCCCUUGGUUCGCUCCUCGGGUUCCUGUUCUCGGCCACCGUUGCCCUCGUCCCGCCAUCGCCCCGCUGGCUGGUGUCGCAGGGCCGAAUGGACGAAGCCCGUGCCGUGGUUGCAAGUCUGGGGCUGAGCGAGGACGAGCGCGAUGAGAUGCUGACGCUACCAGACCCGGCGGACUCGGUAGUCCACCACGGUGCCGAGGGCUCCGGCGGGCGGAAGACAACGCUGAGCGAGGACGUAAAGCACAUGCUGAGCGGUUUCGGGCAUGCCUUCUCGGGGCCGUUCAGGGCGCGCACGGCCUUUGGCUGCUUCAUCAUGGCCUUCCAGCAGUUCAGCGGCAUCGACGGAGUCCUCUAUUACGCGCCCACAUUAUUCAGGCUUGCAGGUUUGACAUCGGAACAGGCCUCUUUUUUGGCUUCGGGAGUGUCCGCCCUCGUCAUCAUGGUCGUGACGGUGCCGGCGACGCUGUGGGCGGAUAAGUGGGGGCGUCGGACAUCGACACUCGUGGGAGGCAGCCUCAUAACGGUAGAGAUGCUGCUUAUGGGCUCGCUGUACGCAGCGGGCCAAGUCCAACCGACGGGUGGAGCGGGUAGGUGGGUGGUCAUUGUGACCAUCUACCUCUUUGCUGUCACUUUCAGCGUGACGUGGUCUAUCUCCUUGCGGACGUUUCUCGUCGAGAGUCUACCACGCAAGACCCGAAGCAGCGCCAGCGCCCUGGCGCAAAGCUCCAAUUGGCUUGCCAACUAUUUAAUUGCUCUCACAACGCCAAUGCUGUUGGCGAAGUCAACGUUCGGAGCAUACUAUUUUUUCGGAUUUGCGACGCUUUUUUGCACCCUAGUGUGCGCCGCCUUCAUGUUUGAGACGAAGGGCAAAAGCCUCGAGGUGAUCGAGCAGCAAUACAAGGAGAGCAGGGCGGCGCAGACAACGGGAAGAUGGAAUUUGGGGGACCUUCAGCUGAAGCGCAUGAGGGUCCAAGUGGCGCCCUCUGACGGCUGAUGAUGGCCGUAGUUAUCUGGAUGGCGAUAUUUUAUCAUUAUAUGUGGAGGCGACGAGUUUGUGCACAGAAUCAGAUUGAAUCAGAUGCUGAAGGUUGUAUGUGGAUGACGAUGAAGUAAAUGCUGGAGACAACGUGAGGAAAAUUGAGGGUAGCGGGGGUCGGGACCCACAAAUUAGGU